AUGUCUGAAAGAAGUCUUCAAAUUCUUUUUGUUUUUAUUCUUAUUCAAUUUAUUGUUGUUCCAAUAAGUUGUAAGGAUGUACCGAGUAAAGAAGGCGAUACUAAAGUUGAGGAUUCUGAGAGGUUGAAGAGAAUGGGUAUGGGCAGUGGCGGUUAUGGAAGUAGUGGAUGUAAUUGCGGGUUUGGCCAACAAAGCGGAAGUUAUGGUCAGUCAAUGGGUAGUGGAUAUGGCCAAUCAAUGACUGGCGGUUAUGGCCAGUCAUCCUGCAGCUCUUGUGGAUUUAGGCGUCCAAUGACUGGAGGAUACGGACAAUCAAUGAGUGGUGGAUAUGGACAGUCAAUGAGUGGGGGGUAUGGCCAAUCUAUGGGUGGAUAUGGACAAUCAAUGGGCGGGUAUGGCCAAAAAAGCUUUAGUGGUGGCUGUUCAAGUUGUGGAGGAAGUAGUGGAGGUUAUGGUUAUGGGGGCUAA